AUGCCACUGCCGGUUACUACCCAGCUCCUUAUGGGGGCUGGGCGCUGUGUUGGCAAUACGGGGAGCGCAGAAAGGGUAGGUUUCCCACAACUCUGUCUCGGUGAUGCGGCCAACGGUGUCCGCCUUGCCGAUCUAGUCACGGUUUUUCCUGCGGGAAUUACUACCGGCGCGACAUGGGAUAAGUCUCUCAUGUACGACAGAGCGGUUGCGAUGGGGAAAGAGUUCCGUGGAAAGGGAAUCAAUAUCUACCUUGGCCCGUCGGUCGGGCCGCUCGGCCGAAAGCCCAAAGGGGGUCGCAAUUGGGAAGGUUUCGGGUCCGACCCGGUUCUGCAAGCCAUUGGUGGGGCUCUUACAAUACAGGGUGUGCAAGAACAAGGCGUGAUUGCGACUAUGAAGCAUUUCAUCGGAAAUGAGCAAGAAAUGUAUCGCAUGUUUAAUCCGUUUCAGUCUGGCUAUAGUUCCAACAUUGGUUUUCAGGGGUUUGUUAUGUCCGACUGGCUGUCCCACAUGUCUGGGGUUGGGUCUGCCUUGGCGGGCCUGGAUAUGAACAUGCCCGGAGACACCCAAGUGCCCCUCUUUGGUUAUAGCUACUGGAUGUACGACCUCACGAGGUCGGUCCUCAACGGUUCCGUCCCUAUUGACCGCCUAAACGACAUGGCGACGCGCAUCGUUGCCACUUGGUAUCGUUUCGGCCAGAAUGAGGACUUCCCACCACCUAACUUUUCAACCAACACGAGAGACCGCGAAGGGGAUCUUUACUCUGCAGCUUGGCCAUUCUCACCUCGCGGGGUUGUGAACGAGUUUGUAGACGUCCAGGCCGAUCACCAUCUCACUGCACGACAAGUUGCGCAGGACGCCAUUACUCUUCUUAAGAACGACGACUCACUGCUCCCAUUAACCACAGCCCGUUCUAUCAAGGUGUUUGGCACAGGAGCACAGACAAACCCGGAUGGUCCUAAUGCUUGCUCUGACCGCAACUGCAACAAGGGAACGCUUGGUCAAGGCUGGGGCUCAGGGACUGUGGAAUAUCCGUAUUUGGACUCGCCAAUCGACGCCCUCAAGCUAAGGGUAAAGGACGUUACGUUUUAUAACACCGACAAAUUCCCAAGCGUCCCAACUGUUAUUGAGAAUGAUGUUGCUAUUGUGUUCUUAACCUCCGACUCGGGGAAAAUACCAAAGUAUAAGAACGUCGUAGUCGUCGUCCAUACCGUCGGGCCUCUCAUUCUGGACCGGUGGCACGACUUGCCCAGUGUGAAGGCGAUCUUAUUUGCUCAUCUGCCAGGCCAGGAGGCUGGGGAAUCUCUCACCAACAUUCUAUUUGGUGAUGUCUCGCCGAGCGGCCAUCUUCCAUACAGCAUCACCAAGCAGGAAUCAGACUUUCCCAACAGCAUCACAACACUAGUUACCGGCUCUGGUGUUGCAGAUGACUACGUCGAGGGAUUCCGAAGCCUUACCCCGUCUGGGUUCAACAAGAUAUUCCGAUACAUCUACUCUUGGCUUCAGCCAGAUGAAGCUAAAGAGGCGGUCGAACAUCGAAAGACUCGGAAGUACGACGCCUACCCGGUUGAAUAUAGCACGCAGCAAAAGUCUGGGCCGAGGGCCGGAGGUGGCGAGGGCGGUAACCCCGCGCUCUGGGAUACUGGGUACAAGAUUUCCGUCACCGUUCAAAAUUCAGGCACUAAAUACUCCGGAAAAGCGGUACUACAGGCCUACAUCCAAUUUCCCGAUGGCAUUCCCUACGACACACCAAUCAUUCAGCUCCGAGACUUUGCCAAAACAAGGGUUCUUCGGCCAGGGGAAAGUCAAACUUUAGAACUUAGGCUUACUCGGAAGGACUUGAGCGUGUGGGACGUGGAGAUCCAAGAUUGGGUGAUUCCAGAAGUUGAUGGAAGAUUCAAGAUCUGGAUAGGCGAGUCAAGCGACCGCUUAACCACCGUCUGCUAUACGGACAAGUUAGAUUGCGAGCUUGGUGCGAAAAGCCCUGUAUCAUAA